AUGAAAGCGUCAUUCCUUCGCAGCCAGCCGUGGCGACCGGGACCGUCGUGUUUGGCUCGCCCCGCGCGGAGAGUCAACACGCUUCAUCAACGCUCCAACGCAACUUCUACCCUGCCUAACAGAGCACCACCACUUGCUGGCAUCACUGUUGUCAGCUUGGAACAAGCUAUCGCUGCACCAUUUUGUACGCGCCAGCUGGCGGAUCUUGGAGCUCGUGUGAUAAAAGUUGAAAGACCCGGACAGGGCGAUUUCGCGCGUCAAUACGACACUCGCGUCAAUGGACUCUCGUCACAUUUCGUAUGGACGAAUCGUUCCAAAGAAAGUUUGGCAUUGGACUUGAAGGAUGAGAAAGAUCAUGCAGUUCUCAUGAAGCUUAUGGAGCGAGCGGAUGUGCUCGUGCAGAAUCUUGCCCCGGGUGCCAGUGCACGACUGGGCCUAUCGUACGAAGCGCUGAAGGAAAGAAAUUCUUCUAUUAUUGUCUGCGACAUAUCGGGUUAUGGACAGGAUGGGCCAUAUCGUGACAAAAAGGCUUACGAUCUUCUCAUCCAAAGUGAAGCGGGCUUGCUGUCCGUCACCGGGACUAGUACAGAGCAGGUGAAGGUGGCCAUUUCGAUUGCAGAUAUUGCCGCAGGAAUGUACGCCUUUAGCAACAUUCUAUCUGCGAUUAUCCAACGAGGAAAGGACGGACAGGGACGCCGCAUCGAUAUUUCAAUGCUGGAGAGUAUGGUCGAGUGGAUGGGCUUUCCACUGUACUACACCUUUGAUGGAGCUCCAGGUCCAAAGCGCUCGGGUGCCUCACACGCAUCUAUCUAUCCUUACGGCCCUUUUGAGACAAAAGAUGGCCAGGUUAUGCUCGGGAUACAGAAUGAGCGGGAGUGGAUCACAUUCUGUCAUGAUGUCCUGCGUCAAGAUAAUCUGUCGGCGGAUCCUCGAUUCUCGAGCAACACACUACGUACUGAGAACAGAGAUGCUUUGAAGGAAAUCAUUUGCGAAGUGUUUUCCAAGCUGACUGCGUCGGAGACAAUCUCACGUUUGGAGGCUGCGUCGAUCGCGAACGCAAACCUCAAUGAUUUGCAGGGCGUGUGGAAUCACUCGCAACUAAAGGCUCGUGAUCGCUGGGUCGACGUCGACACUCCUGCUGGUGUGGUUCCGGCACUUUUACCACCAGGCUUGACAAAAGCAGCAACACAAGGCGGAUUCGCACCUCAGAUGGGCCCUGUGCCGCGGGUUGGACAACACAAUGAGGCUAUUCUGGCUGAACUUGGAUUGGCCGAGUGA